AUGCAGUUCAAGAAUCUCGCAAUCCUGGCUGCCGCUGGCACUGCCGUCGCUGAGUUCGCUAUUAUCACCACACCUAUCCCCACCAAUCUGGGCGAGGUUCUCACAAACGCCGAUGGAUACGCCUCCUCAGUUCUCAACGAAGUCUCAAUGGGCCUCGCAUCCCUCACCCAAGGCUCCGCUCUCUCUGCUGCAGCAUCUGCCCACAAAGGCCUCGCAUCCUUUGUCGCUACAGCAUCAUACUCCAUUCCCAGCGAAGUCACCAAAGUUGGUGCGCUUGAGACUUUCUCCGAGACACCAGCGUGGUACAGUGCGCUCCCGAGCGACAUCAAGAGCUACUACGACAGCUACAACGCCGAAGUUCAGAGGCUGGUCAACCAGGCUAUUCUAGGCGAGAACGGCACUACUGCGUCUACAACCAGGUCGGGAUCCGGUGGUGCAACGGGUGCCAGUGCGAGCGCGGGCCCGAGUGAGACUGGUGCGGCCAUGGGUAACAUGGUCGGCAUGAUGGGUGCCGGUGUUGCCGCGGCCUUUGCGGGUGUCAUGGCUCUGUGA